AUGUCCGCGGACGAGUACGAGUACGAGAGGAUGCGUGCCGAGCUGCUCGGGCUGCCUCCUCCCGAGAGGAAGCCGGACCCGCCGGCGCAGGGAACCGCGCAGGACGCUGACGAGGAAGCGAACCCGGCAAUCGACGAGCAAGUGCUCGAUGUUGAAGAUGAGCAGAUGAAGAACAUAACAGGAGGCCUGGAUGAACUAAACAGUAUUCUCACUGUCACUCAAAAGAAACUGAACAAGUUUAAGGUUGUGUGUGGCAGCCUAACGAAUCUGCUGAAAAUAAGAAUUGGCAAGGAAGAUGGCAGCUCGAGUGCCUGCAGCACAGACUGUAGCAGAUCUCUGGGCUCUGGUGCUGAGGCAGAAAGGAAACAGGACGAGCAACAGGAUGCAGAAGCAGAGAAGGAACAGAGUCCUGUAGUGAACAGUCCAGAAAAAGAAGAGAAAUCUGUAACAUCACAGAGAGCACUGAAUUUAGCUGAUAAAAUAACUUCACAGACAGAUCGUUUGGAUGCAAUGAUCAUGAAAGCUGAGCAGGCAGAAAUGAGCAUGUCCCACCAGAACAAGCAAAUGCGAUCUUUUCUCAGAUAAUAAUUUAUCACUCUAGUGGAUACCCUUAAGACAUAUCUUAAAUAUGACCAGCUGCUGAAGUCUUAAACUGAAAAUGGUUUGCAGUAUUUUGGGGAUCUGUUGCUUCUUUCUGUGAUUUCUUUGUAUGAGUAAAUCCAUUUUACCAUCAGUAUUACAAAUGCAAAAGGUUUCAACAAUAUGUUUUUUUAGGAUGACAACAGCAGGUAUAAUUAAUGAUUUUACAAAAUUAGUGCACUAGAUCUGUAUUAAAGAUGGGUGACAGGCCUUUGAGGUAUAAGACU